UCCUUGCUUAUGUCAUUCAUUUCAUUGUGAAAGGUUUUAUUUGUGUCUGUCUACUGUCUAGUGUCUUGUAUUAAAUUUAUGAAAAAAAGGUGAUUAUAGUUUACCGUACUCUUAGCAACUUAAUGUUGGCUAAUGUUAUUGUAAUAUAUAUCGCUUAAAAUGGGCAGUAGAAAAGAAAAUCUCAAGAAAUCCCUGGGAAUAUCGGAAUAUCCAUGGAGUUCAGAUGAUGAAGAUACUCCAUCACAACCUCUGCAGGUGUUACGUAGACAAGCAGAUGAGCCUCGACCUAGUGUGGCUGAUAUGCCCGGAACUAGCAGUGGAAAUGAUGAUGCAUGGUGGACAGACCCAACCGGGAGUCAGCCCCACCAAACAUCUGUUUCACAACAAGCAUCGCAUUCACCUGGAACAGCCCGGAAGCAACAAGCUAAACUAGACCAUGCGUUGUUCUGGUCUAUCAUCAAUAACACACCAAGACCUUCAAAUGUUGGAACCAGCCGUCCUAGGUUACCGUGUGACAUGCCUGUGACGUACGUGUCGCGGCCGUCAGUCCCCUCCCGCUCCGACUUGCGGGAGUCGCGGCGAGCCGAGCGUACGACGUCCGCCGCGGACAUACAGCGCAUACUGGCCUUCAAGAAGCUCACCCGCAGUCUACAGGACUACACAGCCUACAAAACAGGUCUACAUCCAACAACCUCACGGCGUUUGGGUAGCGGAGGGCCAUCCCGCAGUCCGUUGUUCACUCCGUCGAUGCCGACAGAGCCCUCCAGGUCCAGAACUCACUGCUGCAUUCGUCCACAAGUUGGACGGAUUUACAGGACUGUGAGCAGUACUUCUGAAGCAGUGAGUGGAGGUGAUCCUCAGCCAUCCCAAAGCCGUUACCGCACGCUGCCAGCUCGCUCCAGCGUCCCGUCAGACCUAGACACUAGUCCGACCGCGCCUGAACAAGACCACUUCGUCAAUGUUGAUCAAUCUGAUGAAGAGGUAGAAGCUGUCCAAGACGCACCAGCAGCUCCAGAACAACCUGAUGAGAAUGAGAAUAAUGCUGAUGAAGAAAAUGUCCAAGCUCCAGCGCACGACACUGGCGGCGCUAUAACCCUGGAAGAGGAGAUCGUCGAGGUGGAUGCUCCGGACGAGCCCGAGGUGGUGCCCGCCACGGACAUCGAACCUGACGCCGCGGAGACACAUGCUAACGACGACAACAACGCUUUGUUUGCUUCUCAGGUGGCCACAAACUCUGAUGAGAACACUGAGGCUGCACAAUCACAGUCCUCAUUCCAAGGAGUCAAGAGGAAGAGGGAUGCAAGUGAUGAGAAUGGAGAGCCCUUCUCUGUACAAGAGUUCAAUCAAAGCCUGCUGCGUCUGCUGGAGUGCCCGGUGUGCCUGGAGUGGAUGGAGCCCCCGAUGUCGCAGUGCCGGCGGGGCCACUUAGUGUGUAGUAGGUGCCGCGCGCGCCUGGCGUCGUGCCCGGUGUGCCGCACGGCGUUCUCGUCCGUGCGCAACCGCGCCAUGGAGGGCGUGGCCGACAUGCUGCGCUACCCGUGCCGCCACGGCUGCGGCCGCGAGGUGCGCCUGCGCCGCCGCGCGCCGCACGAGGCCUCCUGCGGCGCGCGCCGCUACCACUGCCCCGCGCCGCCCUGCGCACGCCAUCCCCCGCUGGCGCACCACGACCUCGCGCACCACUUCCAGUGUAAGCACUUGCCCAUUUUGAAGAUAGGAGCGAAGCACAAGUUCUCAAUGAAGGUAAACUCGGAGCAGCACGACACAUGGCUGAUCAUGGCGCUGGACCAGUUCUUCCACCUGCGCGUCGAUGUUGAUAUCCGUACGUGGGGAGUCAUCGUGUACGUCUCGUACAUCGGGCCCAAGCGCAAGGCUAAACAUUACAUUUAUGAGGUGUCCGUAGUGGGGCAGCACAACUCGCGAAGCGUGACGUACAAACGAGCCACACACAGCGACCUCGAGAGCUCGUCCCUAAACGUGAGCCGCCAGGACUGCUUCCACUUGACACUUGACCAGGCACUCAACUUCCUUCGCUUCAAGAAUAGACACUGCGAGCCUGACAAGUUUUUAGAUUUCGAUGUCGAAAUCAGACCAGCCCCAGCUGCCAACUCUCAGGAAUUAAGAGAAGAUUCUGAUUCAUAAAUCAUAUGAGUAAAUAUCUAACAGGGAUAAGUCUAAUCGUGCUAUGAUAGGUGCAAAUAUGCCACGCGAGUGAGACAAGCUAAUUGUUGAAACAUAUAUUGCGCUAUUUGUAAAAUGCGUACUAGUUUACCGCACCACGUAAUAAUGCUGAGCAAAUGUGCUCCUAAUUUAGCAACGGUUGUACGAAGUUAGUUAUAUUGUAAGAUAAUUAUGUGUUUAAUCUGUGAUUUAUUGUUAUGCAAUUUAAAUGUGACCUUUAGAUGUCUCCAUUUUAAUAUGUAAUAACUUUUAUUUGAGUUAAGUUUUAUUCAAAGGAUAUACUAAUUUUAAAUUAGAUAGUUUUCAUAGUAAUUUAGUAAUGUUAUAUUUUUGACAUCUACAUCACAUAUUGCAUAGAUCAGUUAGUCACGCAUUCGCAUGUGUGGGGAAAAUAGCUAUUUCCAGAAAUAAACAGAUUUUCAAUGUUGUGUAGUGGUACAAUCACAUUUAUUGAAUGUUAGUAGUUAUGUUCUGUAGUUUCUGCCAAUCUCACUAUGGUAAAAAAUAGAAAAUUAUCUACUUAUAUCAACGUAGGAACUUGUUGAUAGUUAUACUAGCCUACACAAAUACGACAUAUUUCGAGAAUAAAUCCACUUUUGUGUAUAUUGGGAUUUACUCUAGUGUCGUACGAACAAUAAUUGGUUAAGCUUUGAUCGCUACGGUUAGGUGUGAGAUUAGUGCGAACUUGCUUUUCACGUCGUCGUUAGCUCGACCGUGGCAGUCACAUAUAUAAUCCUUUCAUACUUCUAUAGGUUUUCAAAAAUGUAAAAAUAGUUACUUCCAUAGAAGUAGAAAUGUCUAUUUCUAUCCUUCAGCAUGGUAAAACGCUCUUACCAUAAUCUGAUAACGCUAAUUUGUCCUUUAUAAAGCUAUUAUAUUGAGUAAAUCCCAAAAUCUAGUGGCACACUUAGGAUCAGUGUUCAUGAACACAUAGUAUACAAUCUCUAAUAAUUGUUAGAUCUAAUUAAUUAUUAUUAUUCAUCAUAGUUGUAUAUUGCUCAGUGUUGAUAUAUAAUAUAGUGUUAGUUGUAUAUUAAGCCAGAUCUUAUUAGCCGGUCAGUUUCGGCUUUAUACACCUUGGUCCGGCUGAAACGAUAAUUUUAAUUAUAAUAUAAUUUCGAAAUUAUCGUUUAGUAGCAAACAUCGUGAAUAAAAAUCAUGUGAGUAUUUCCAUGACUUAUUUUGUACAUAGUCCCGACUUGUCAGUCUUGUCAAAAAGAUUUGUCCGCCUUUCUUUAGGUAUUUUGUCUGGCAAUUUUAGUAAUGUAAGGCCCUUUAUACACAUUGCAGUUGUCGUGUAACUAGGGGCGAUGUGUACGGUCAGUUACAAGUCCGCUUACACAGCAAUGAUCAUUAUCACCUGCGUUAUACAGACUGCGACGCAUAUCUUAUAGAAAGUCACAAGUACAACUAAUAUUGCUGUGCAAGUCGACUUCUAACCGUAUAUACGUACAAAUAAGUUCUCAGGUACAAUGGUUUGGCUACUACACCCAUAAAGUCGAAAACCCAAUGACAGAUUGGUUGUCUUGGUGAUCAUUGUACAUUUACCGCCAGAUACACGGCAACCGCGUGGAAUAAGAAUAGGCGUAUGAUAAUUUCAGCUUCCAUCUUACUUGUUGUAUUGCUAAAUUAUUGUUAAAUUUUUAGAGACCACAUCGUCUAGGACGGGAAUAUAAAUCAUUGUUAUAAAGCAUUUUCAUAUUAUGUAAAUCAAUACAUUAAAUAUUCUUUUACGUUAUUUAUAAAUUGUUAGCGUAAGCGGGAAUAUUGUCCGAUAGUAUUUUAUAAACUUAAUUAUUAUUCUAAAAUAAACAUAAAACAUAAAAAUA